AUGCCUUUGAGCGCCUACAUUCGUUUAUUUGAGGCAGCUAGACCGUGGUGCAAAGAUUUCGAGAAGGCGGGUGCGAGCAUCGCGGUGACUCCAUGCGAUGUUGUGGAGGAAGCAGACAUCACCUUCUCGUGUGUGGCCGACCCGCAGGCUGCAAAGGAGAUGGUGUUUGGCAACUGCGGUGUGCUGCACUGUCCCUCGCUCGAGUCCAAGGGCUACGUGGAGAUGACUUCGAUAGACGCGGACACUUCGCACGACAUCGUCGAGGCGAUCAGCGGCAAGGGGGGCCGAUAUUUGGAGGCACAGGUAUGUCAUAGUUAUAAGGUAACUGCGGUGUGCCUCUCGCUCGAGUCCAAGGGCUACAUGGAGAUGACUUCGAUAGACGCGGACACUUCGCACGACAUCGUCGAGGCGAUCAGCGGCAAGGGGGGCCGAUAUUUGGAGGCACAGAUCCAAGGGUCCAAGACUCAAGCGGAGGAAGGCACGUUGAUAAUCCUGGCGGCGGGCGACCGGACUUUAUUCGACGACUGCCAGUCAUGCUUCAAAGCGAUGAGCAAGAACUCCUUUUACCUUGGUAGCGACAUCGGCAACGCUUCCAAAAUGAACUCAGUACUCCAAGUAGUGAGUGGAGUAUCUCUAGCGGCACUGGCUGAAGGAUUGGCCUUAGCAGAUCGUGCGGGACUUAGUCAAGCAGAUUUAUUGGAUGUUCUGGCUUUAACACCUUUAGCUUCACCACACCUUAUACUUAAAGGAAGAGCGAUGAUCGAGUCAUCGUACUCGACUCAUCAACCGCUCACCCACAUGCAGAAAGACCUAAAGCUAGCUCUCGGUUUAGGCGACGCCCUAGAACAAUCCUUACCCCUUACAGCUACUACCAACGAGAUAUUCAAGCACGCCAAACGCCUAGGAUACGCGAAUCACGACGUUGCCGCCGUUUAUAUAAGAGCUAGAUUCUGAUCGCGUCUACAUUCAAUUCUAGCCCUAUGCCUUGUGCUGUUGAUCGCUCUAAACUUGACUCUGACAGGAGAAACGAACUCUUAAUUUCAUAGUGUUUGUGAUAAUGUAACAUUUAUUACUAACUGUCCACCCGGAUUUGUACAGAAUUUAUUUUGACUCGAUAAAAUAUAGCCUAUGUUCAAGGAACUUCAGCUCUAUUGCUCUCAAUGUGACUAAACGGAGAAACGAACUUUUAAUUUCACAGCCUGUGAUAGAUUAUGUAACAUUUUAUUAUUAACUGUCUGAGAUAUGUUGGGCUAAAAUUAUUUUUGAUGUGAUCAAAUAUAGCCUAUGUCGAUGAGAAAUAAGGUAGCUUUUUCAUGGUGAAAGAUUUUUUUUUAUCAGAUUUUGCCUUGAUACUAUAUAAAAAUAAUUUUAAACUAUCGAUUAAUAAUAAACUAUAUUAUUUUAUAUUAACAUAUCAUUGAAGUUUGAAAUAAAUAUUAUUAUCUUCAGGUUUCAUUUUAACACUAUUCAAAGGUAGUUUGUAAUCCAGAUUUAGUAGCACAGAAAAUGACAUGAACUCUGUAAACCCCUUUUAUACAUAAUUUAUGAAUUCAUAACAACAGCUGUAGUCAAAUAGAAUAAAAAGUAAUAAAAUGUUACAUUUCACAAAAAUACAUAUUGAAAGUGAUGAGCAUUGGGGAUAGAAGUUCAUCAAACAACUUUAGUUUGAGUGUGACGUGUUAAGGACAAUUUAAUUUCUGAUUAACGUGGACCUUUUGAAUUUUAUUAAGAAAUAAAAGGGAUAGCAUCAAAUAAUAAUAUCUAUAAAAAUCAGAUGUUUAUAACGCAAAAAGUAUGUAAUUUUAGUAAUGUCAGUUAGUUCAAUAUGAAAUGGAUUAAUAUGUGGAUCAAAAUUACUAUAAGUAAUACCGGAUUUUGGACAUUAAAAGUAUAAUAGGUUUUGGUUAUGAUAUAAUCGGAUGGAUAUUAAAUUAUUGUGACCAAAAAAUGUUUAAGAAUCUAUCGUAUCUUUAGCAAAUCAAAGAAGGAACAUUAUAUAUAUUUGAAUUUAAAAGGAAUCUUUUGUUAUUUCGUUUUGCUUCAAUAAAAUUUAGGGUAAUGAGUUUUUAAAAUAUAUUUGUGUCCAAAGGUUAAAGCUAUUUUACAUUUGCUUUUUGUAUUCGAUGUUGGACCAGGAGCGAUAGAAGAAUAUAAAAUCUGUUAUUUGCUAUUAUAUUAAGACAAUUUUAGUUUAAAUCUAAAGAAAAUAUAACUAGAAAUAUAAGUCUAAGUCCUAAUAAUUGGACAGUGCAUUCGCCCGGAUAGCGAAGGGUGCGGGUUCGAGCCCCGUCUGCUGCCUGGUCCGCUUGGAUUUUUUUCUAGUUAUAUUUUCUUUAGAUUUAAACAUCAAGCAGUUACAUGCUUAAAAAAAAUUGUUUGUUCAUGGACAAUGUGCAUCUUAAAACUUAGUGAUUUGACCAACUAUUUACAAAGAGGAAAAUUUGUCACUUGGCGUAAUUAAAUUAUUUUAAUAUUUCCAGUCCCGCAUAAUGUGGCAUUAGUGUUUUAAAAUCUUAUACUCCAAUUUAUUGAUUGCUAAUAACAUGUUUUAAAGAUAAGUAUUUAGAAAAUUAUUCUAUAGUGUCAUUAGCAUUUCAAAGAAUCGAAUUCUAUACACACAAUUUGCUUUUUGUUUCGUGGAAUUUCCAAUGAUGACCUUGUUAUUUUGUCGUCUGUAUACAAGGUUAUAUUAUAAUAAUGUAUGAAGAAUAUCAUUGGUAUAUGAAUUGUAUCGAGUAAGAAGAAUUCACUUGACAGAACGAUUCGUAUGUUGUGUCAAGUUCCUCUUUAUUUGACGCAGAUUAACUGUUCUUACAGCCACACACCAAGUUGACACAAACUGAUUUUUUUUCAAUAGAUUAAUAGCCUUAAAUCAGACAUAAGCUCAAAUUCAGUUGGAGAAAUCAGGCAGUUUUAAGGACAUUAGUCUGUGCUUGUCUGUACUUGAUCCCAUUCUUGUAUUAAAAUAUGAAUCUGUGUGAAAUGUCUAAAUAGGUAUCAGGUUUCGAGUUGUUAGUUUUCUUGAUGCCUGCUUUUCAAUCGAUUAAAAUCGAUUGAUUUUUGACAUCCGCGGAAGCAUUUGUAAUAGUUGCUUAGUUUCAAAAUAAGUUUAAAACAAGCAUCAUCAGACAAUAUAUAACUAUUACAAAACUCCGUCCUUUAAAUCUAAAUUUAAAUCUUGUUUGACAUAUUUUACUUAUAUACCUUUUUAAUACAACAAAAAUAUGUUUUAGUACCAUUUCGUGACCUCUAUAUUAUUUCUCAAAUACUAGUAAGCUAUUUUAGUGUUUUUUUUAAGAUUAAUAAAUGAAUUGAAAGUAAUGAAUGAGCACAUUUUAUGUAAUUUAGUUCUUAAGGUUAGUAGUGUGUUCAAACUGAACACAAUUUGGUUUAAGACGGUUGAACAUCAUUAAAAUUAAAUGAUUGUUAUCAUUACUACACAGUUAUCCAAAGUGUCUUAACAUAUGUUGCAUUUUACGUUAUUGUCGGAUUAAUUUCGUUCAAAAACGUCUCGUUUUAAAUAAGAGCUUAUAUUUGUAAGAGAUCUGUGUGACGUCAACAUAAAAUCGGUCCUAUAAAUUUUUAAAUCCUUUGUAUUCUUAGAAACAUCUAAUGUUGUGGAAUUACGUGGCACUUGGUACUUGGGAUCUUUUAUGAAAAAUGUAUUAGUACAUUCUAUUGGGUAAAUUUAUUAUCAAUUAAGUGUUGAUAAUAUUAGCAACAAUACGUUUCAUAUUUCAUUGUGGAAAUGACUGACAUGAUAGUAUGAAGUAAAUAAAUAAUUAUAAUUUAUAAAACUUCGUUUCAUUAAAAAAUAAUGUAAUAA